CAAUCUCCGCUCCAAACAAAAUCCAUUGUCUGUCAACUCACAACUCACAACAUCACUCCUUCAAGUCCAACACCAACAAUUUCACCUCCCAUACUCCGAUCGACUCAAUCUACGCGCAUCAAACAAACAACGUCCAUCCAUCCAAUCCAACCAAUCAAUACAUUCACAAUGGACGAAACCCCCCAACCCGCAUCCCACCACAACGAGAACCAAAACCCCCUCCUCCGCGCCUCCAACCCACAAGUCUCAAACCUCGAACAAGACGUCUUAGACGAAUAUGCGCGUCUUCUAGGGAAUGUAAACAAGUUGGAAUCAAAACUCUCCGACCUAUCAGGCGACCCCUCCUCGCUCACACUAGACGGCCUCCGUCUGCUCGAGCGCAAAACCGCCACCGUGUGUACGCUACUCAAGGCGAGCGUUUAUAGUAUUGUGCUGCAGCAGCAGAUCUUCAAUGAGAGUGAGGAGCAGGCGCGGGCGGAUGAGGAGGGUGAACAUCGGGCGGCUGAGGAGGGGGGGGAGUUUGGGUAUCAGGAUCAGUAUCAGUAUCAGGAGCAGGGACAUGGGGGGUAUUAUGGGGAUGAGGGAGAUGUUACGUUUGGUUGAGUCUUUUUC